CUUCACGGUUGUUUUUUUUUUCAGUUAUUAUUUAUAGCACUCUAACUGCAGUGCGAAAGUACCUCAUCAGACAGCAACUCCAGCAUCAUCCACAAACAGCAUGGACCAUUCCUGUAUUGACCGAUCAAUUGCAACAGGCAUGGAACUCCAUUCCACAUACUGACAUCCGUCAGUGUAUCAUCAUCAUACUGGCCGAGCACUUGGUCUGACGGAUGUGGUGCCAUUGAGCACGCAGCAUGAUAUCUUUGGUUCAUAUAGCCAGUAAUUUGAACUGCCGCCAUCUCGAGUUUGAUGUGUUAAGACCGGUAGCUAUGGCCUUUCUUCAGAGUAGCCAUGGCAUUACUUUUCAAGAAGAUGAAACAAAACCACUAAAUGACGUGUUGCCCAUGCUAUUUGACCUGCUUCGACAUGGAGGAUGUUAGACUGUUGUUAUUGCCAGCAUGUUUUUCAGAUAUCUCACACUGUAAUCAAUUUUUCAGAUAUCUCACACUGUAAACAAAUGGUCUACUGUUACUGAGAGAUGGCAUGCUGCCUCUCACCUCCAUGAUAAACUCUGGUGACUUCCUGUCAGAUGGUUAACUAAUGGGAGAUCUGGAUAUAUACUGCAAUUUCAGUAAAUGUCGGAAACGUUUGAGCAGAAUUGCUUGGAUAACAAGUUGUUCCCAUGCAUUUUGCGAAGAACAUGGCGAUAGUGAAUUUUCACAAAAGCUUGAUGACGUGAAAACAUGUCCAACAUGUUCCACCUCUUUGUGUAAUAAGUAUGAUAUUGUUAAAGUGGAUUUGAAUCCAUCACCACAGUUCAGAUCGAUGGUUUUAGCUGGAUUGCGUCCUGAAAUUGUAUUUGAUAUUUCCAAUCGUGCUUUGGCAUUUUGGAGUUACCAAAUUUACAUGGAAAUUCUCUAUCAGUCAUCAGCAGCAAAGAGAUCAAGAGACAAAAUAACACAGCUUGAAGAAUAUUAUGAAAGUUUAGUGAUAAAGCUGAAAACAGAUAUUCAGGCUCGUCGUAGAAAGGAAGAAGAACUGAAGAAAGAAUUAACUAAACAGACUCAAAGAUCAGAAGAAUUAAUAGAACGACUUAAUGAAAUGCAAAGGCAGUUUAAUUCUGUGCAAGCAUCCUAUGAGGCUCUGCGUCGUACACAACUAAAUUUCGCCAAAGCUAAUGAAAAGGAACAGGCGAACAACUUCUGCUGUCAUGAGAAUGGCAAGACUGGAUUGCAUUUCUCUCUUGGUCCCACCACAUUAGACGCAUUACAUCCAAGAACUCCAUUACAAGACAAAAAGAUCCAGUUCAACAAGGGAGAUUUAAGGGCUGAAAAUGAUGCUGAAGAAUUCACAUUCAAGCCAGUAACACCAUCACCUGAUGCAACAAGACAGUGGAGAAAUCCUCUUGUGAAACGACAAAGAAAAUAGAAUUAAAAUGUGGACUCUUUUGACACUGGAUAUGAGGAUGCAAUGAAGACAAGUAUUAUUUUAUAUAAAUUUGGACUUAUUUCCAUUUGAAGACCAGUUUGUGUUGUAUUUCAUACCUUAAUUUUUGGCAUGUAUACAGUUUUGUUAAGUAGAAUUUGCACAAAUGACUCUUUAUCAACAACAAAUUUGAACAAAUCACUCACAUCACACCACUUCACUGUAGCUUACUAGUAAUUUUUUCCUCUUUUUAAGGACAAUGCAUAUUUUGUGGCAACUGUUGCCGUUAGGCUGUUUUCUCUAAUUUACAUUUAAAACCAUUAAAAGUGAUAUAUUAACAUAGCACAGAGAAAAUGUGGAAGAA